AUGGACAUUCGUAAAGACCAGUUUGCUGUCGAAGCCGUACGCCUGCUCCAGGAUAUAGCUGAUUCACAUUUCAUCUCUUUCGAUUUUGAAUUCUCCGGUAUUGCAGAACGAGAUCGAAAUCGCGCCACAAAACAGACCGUGCAAGAACGGUAUGAGGAAACUAGAAUUUCCGUACAAGAAUAUCAGCCUUUGCAAAUUGGUCUGACUAUUGUGAAAUAUGAUGACAAGAAAAAACGUUACGUACUUGAGCCAUACAAUUUGAAUAUUAGCCCUUUGCCACUUUUGAGAGAAAGACAGUUCACUCGGAAGUGGUCCAUGAACAGUGGUGCAGUAUCUUUCCUUCACAGAAAUGGCUUCGAUUUUGGCAGACAGCUGAUUCAUGGCGUACCUUAUCUUUCUUCUCAAGAGGAGGAGAAGGCUCGGACGAAAAUGACCGCUGAUGCUAAACGCGAGGAUUUGGUGCUCAAAGCUGACGAUCAGGCCCUUGCACAGCACGUUCGUUCUGCUAUUGAAAAGUGGCAAUCUCAACCCAAAGAGCAGCAAGAGGAGUGGCUGAAUAUUCCUCAUGAUCAACCCGCCGAUAUGCCUGCAGAACUCAACAGCUAUCAGCGACGACUGGUUCAUCAAAUUGUCCAGAAUGAGUUUCCUGGUCUGAAAACGCAAGGAAUGAACACAUUCGUCCAAAUCACAUCUCCUGGGCCAGAGAAGCAGAUUAGUCUGAAACAGCUUGAGGAAGAGUACAGAGAGCGAGAUCUGUCACGCGCAAUUGGCUUUCGAUGGAUUGUGGAUGGUAUGACUGGCAAGGACCUUUCGAACUUACCUCACGAUUAUCUCUUGCCUGCUCUACCCAAGACGGUUAGCGCCGAGGAGGGUGAAAGGCCUGUGAAAGCAUUCUUGACUGCCCUCAAUCGCAGAUUGCAAGAACGCCGCAAGGUUCUGAUCGGGCAUAAUUGCUUGACUGAUAUCAUGUUUCUGUACAAGAUGACAAUAGGCGACCUCCCGGAAACUUUGCAAGAGUUCAAAGACAAAGUACACGAGCUCUUCCCCGCAAUAAUUGACACCAAAUUCAUCUCCAGUUGCUACAGCGAAAAGCACGGUAGACUUUCUCUAGGAGAAGUAGCAGAGGACCUCAACAUUGACCAGUCUAUCCACCCUGAACUAUACACUUCUGGAGAGUUCGAUCGAUAUAUUAACAGUACUUGGCUGCACGAGGCAGGUUACGACAGCUAUAUCACAGCUAUAGUAGCUAUCAAAAUGGCAGCCAAGCUACAAAGAGAUGGAAGCUCGCGAAAGAAAGACCACGACAGACAAGCCGAAGAAGUCGCAAAUCGUGUCGCGGACCACCCUCCCGAGUUUGGCCUACAAGAAGGCCAAGCUCCAAGCACAGGCACAGAACCAAGAGAGGCCACCCGCCACGUCACUGCCGCUCCAGAACCACAAUCAAAGCCUUUCGGCUACUCAUCUCUCACCAGCAUCGCAUCGACUUUAUCAAAUAUAUCUUCUGCCAUAACCGGCCGAUCCUCGAACAAUAAAUCCAGCAACGACCUCGAGCCAGCAGCAUCUGAAUCCGCCUCAGCAUCCACCAAACCAGUCGACUGGAAGAACGAAUCUCAAGUCGCUGGUCUCCGACCCCUAUUCUCCAGCACAUCAAUCUACGACAACCUCGAUAGUUCUAACAGCACUAUGCCAGGAGACGAACCAUCAAAAGCACAAAUCGAGACAGAGAACAGGGAGCAAGUCAUGGAAAAGCUCGUUAAGGAAGGAAAGCUGAUGCCUAGAUGGCAUGAAGAGCGUGCUUUCUGGGACUUUUACGGGAAUAAGUUGCAGGUUAAUGGCACGCAAGAAGGUAUAAUAAGGUUGGGUGACUGA